AUGGCGGUUGGAAAAAACAAAAAGAUGGGUAAAAAAGGCGCGAAGAAGAAGGUUGUUGAUCCAUUCACACGUAAGGAAUGGUAUGAUAUUAAAGCACCAUCAAUGUUCAACGUGCAACAUAUCGGAAAGACGUUGGUGAAUCGUACGCAAGGAACAAAAAUUGCAAGCGAAGGUUUAAAAGGACGUGUCUACGAAGUGUCACUUGGCGAUCUAAACAAUGCUGAGUCAGAAUUUCGAAAGAUGCGUUUGAUAUGUGAAGAUGUUCAGGGUCGAACUUGCUUAACCAAUUUUCAUGGCAUGCGGCUUACACGUGACAAACUUUGUUCCAUUGUCAAGAAAUGGCAUACUCUCAUUGAAGCUAAUGUCGCAGUCAAGACAUCCGAUGGUUAUUUAUUACGGCUUUUCUGCAUUGGCUUCACAAAGAAGAAUGCGAGGCAGCUGAAGAAAACAAGUUAUGCGAAGUCAUCAAAAAUUAGACAAAUUCGUGCUAAAAUGGUGGAAUACAUGCAGAAGGAGGUACAAGGAAGUGAUCUAAAGGAUGUAUGCCAUAAACUAGUUCCGGAUUCGAUUGGCAAAGAUAUCGAAAAGGCGUGUUCUUACAUCUAUCCGUUGCAAGAUGUAUGCAUUAGGAAAGUAAAAAUAUUGAAAAAACCGAAAUUUGAAAUUGGACGCCUUAUGGAAAUGCACACAGAUGUUAGUACAUUUACGAGUGCUGAAGGUGAAAAAAUAGAAAGACCGGAUGACUACGAACCUCCCGUACAAGAAUCCGUAUAA